CGUGGUGACACUUGAGGUGUAAGUGUCGCGAGGCAACAACCUCCACAUCUGUCCCAAAGUACCUUGUAUCGAGUCUCUAACGAGUCUCAAUUUUUCCUGUAAUGCGUGAUCCUUGGACCUAUAUAUUUAAGGUGCAUUCGCUGUUUCUCCCUUGUAGUUUUUGAACUUCAUGUUCAAUUUUUAUACAAGUCAACUUAUAGAUUCUUGCGCUGGAAAAGAUGAACAUAGAAUUCCCCACUCUUCCUUUGUAAAUGGUCAUUCCUCUUCAAUUUAAAAUUUUGUUUCUGCCUCUCAACCUCCUCGAGGUAGCGGUAAAGUCUGUGUACAAUCUACCCCUAGACUGCGAUGAUGGGACUAUAUAGGGGUUGUUAUUGUUGUUGUUGUAAUUUUUGUUUCUAAUUAUUUAUGCAAUCAUCAGAAAAGUGCUUCCCACUAAGUAUUGACCUAGUCAUUAUUUGGACUUUGCUAUGAUCUUAGUGGCUAACCAAGAAGAUAUUACAUAAUUGUUAAGAAGAAUGACACGUUGCACUAUAAAAACAAAGAGUUCCCUACUCAACUAUGCAACACAAGUCUUAGUUCUAUCGUUCUAUUCACAAUCAAAAUGAGAAGCUUUAGUUAUUUACUUGUUGCUGCUUUAGCAAUUUGCUUUGUAGCCAGCCAUGUUGUUGCUGAUUACUCUUAUGGCUAUACUUCUCAUUCACCUUCUUACAACUCUAAGAAGUACUACAAAUCACCGGUCCCUUCGGAUCAUGGCUAUUACAAGUCGCCUACACCUUCAAAGCACUACUACAAAUCUCCAGUAUUAGUGAAGUAUUACAAAUCACCCGCUCCUUCAAAGAACUACUACAAGGUGCCUGUCCCUUCAAAGAACUACUACAAGGCGCCCGUUCCUUCAAAGUACUACAAGUCGCCCGCCCCUUCAAAGAACUACUACAAGUCGCCAUCGCCUGCAAAGUAUUACAAAUCUCCAUCACCUGCAAAAUACUACAAAUCGCCUGCCCCAUCGACACACUAUUACUACAAGUCGCCAUCCCCAUCAAAAUAUUACAAGUCACCAGUUUAUUACAAGUCUCCACCAUCACCAUCAACUUAUUAUGAAAAAGCACCUUCUUACUACAAGUCGCCUCCCCCUCCACCAUACUACAAAGAAUCUACCUCUUCCUAUAAAUCCCCUCCCCCUCCUCCUUACUACAAAGAGUCUACACCUUCCUACAAAUCUCCUCCACCACCACCAAAGUAUUAUGAGCAAUCGCCCGCAAUCUAUAACUCACCACCUCCACCACCAACAAACUAUUACAAGCAAACUCCCAACUAUGCCUCACCUCCACCACCUCAGAAGUACGAGCAAUCUGUCACCUAUGCUUCACCUCCACCACUGCUAGCAUCUCCUCCGCCAACGUUCUACUAAACAUUCAAUAACUCUUAUCAUUUCCAUGACUUUUACAUCCUAUUUUUGCUCAAUUUUCUAUUCCAAAAUAUAACGUAUGCUUGUUGAAAUCAUCG